CUUCUUCUUUAGAAAUUAGAACUGUUCAGUCUGACUACUUCGACUGCUUCCGAUCAUGAUUUCUAGGCAUCUCAUAAACCGACUCCGAAUCAUCGCCCACCCUGCUACCUGUACCAAUUCUCUGCAACAACUCCAAACCCAAAGUCGAUUCUCAGAUGUUUCUCACUCACCACCACCACCUCCGCCUGCUGCCCCAUCUCCGCCACCAUCCAAUUUGGGUCCAAAUACCUCGCUGAAUGAACUCGAGCUAAGAAAAUUCGCCGCCAUCGCCGAGACCUGGUGGGAUGCGGAAGGGCCGUUUAAGCCGUUGCAUGCGAUGAAUCCGACGCGUCUGGCUUUUAUUAGGUCCACUUUGUGCCGGCAUUUUGGAAAGGAUCCACAUUGUGCCAGGCCAUUUGAAGGUUUGAAAUUUGUGGAUGUAGGCUGUGGAGGAGGCAUAUUAUCUGAGCCUUUGGCUCGUAUGGGUGCUACAGUUAUGGGCAUUGAUGCUGUGGAAAAGAAUAUCAAGAUUGCACAGCUUCAUGCGAAUAUGGAUCCAGUAACUUCAUCAAUCAAUUAUUGUUGCACAACAGCUGAAAAAUUGGUGGAGGAACAAAAGAAAUUUGAUGCUGUAAUUGCACUAGAGGUAAUCGAGCAUGUGUCUAAUCCAGCUGAGUUCUGCAAAUCCUUGUCAGCAUUGACCAGCAGUGGUGGAGCUGUUUUAAUCUCAACAAUUAAUCGCUCCAUGAAAGCAUAUGCGACUGCCAUUGUCAUUGCAGAAUAUGUCUUAAAUUGGCUCCCAAAAGGCACACAUGAAUGGUCAAGCUUUCUCACACCUGAGGAACUAGUCCUUAUUCUUCAGCGUGCUUCUAUUUCUGUCCAAGAGAUGGCUGGCUUUGUCUACGAUCCCCUGAAAGGACUGUGGUUUCUUUCUGAUGAUAUUAGCGUGAACUUCAUCCUUUAUGGCAAAAAAAACACGGAAUCAAUCUACUGAAAUUCAUUUACAUCAUGUCGAAGGCCGGUGGUGAUCGGAGAUGGUAUUCGAGUUGGCCGGAACAUAGUGGCUGGUGGUGGUGGUAGCUGCACUGAGGAGACCAACUGUAAGUACCCUUGAUUUACCCAUAGAUAGUUUGAAUGGAAGAGAAAUGACAAAAGAAAUAUCAUUUGAUAGGAGUUGGUUUGUUUUAUUAGAACAUUUAUUUUUAUUAGUAUUUUUUAAAUAUUUUGCGAGAUGAAUAAUAUAUCUUGAUUGAGAAUAAUGCCAUGUUCUGUGAAAGUGAA